UCACCAUACAACGUUACCACCUAUUUAACCAGCUCAGGGCUGGGGUUAAUGACACAUUUACUGCCUGGAUUGAACUACAGCAUGAGGUACUUUCAGAUAAUAUAACUUUAACGACGUCACCUACAUUGACAAAAGUGACUCCUACCGUUAGCUAGAAGGCUAAAAACAGUUAGCAGACAAACUCCAUUUACCUGAAGACAGCAUGUAAAUAGCAAUCAGUAACUAAAUGUGAACGUUCAGCUUUAAUAGCAGGCUUUUAGUUAUUUUGUAGUUCAUAAAUCUGCGUGUGGACUUUGUCCCGCCGCUCGCCAGCGACUUCCGGCUCACUUGACAGCAGCGGACGGACACCGGCAUGUUUCCUCUCGACUCCCCGUGGAACAUCUCGUUCGCGGGCUGCGGCUUCCUCGGUAUCUACCACGUCGGUGUAGCCAGCUGUCUGCUGGAGCAGGCGCCUUUCCUGGUGCAACAUGCCAGGCACAUAUAUGGAGCAUCAGCUGGAGCGCUCACUGCCACUGCACUGGUCACUGGAGUCUGUCUUGGGGAGGCUGGUGCAAGUAUCAUCGAUGUUGCCAAAGAGGCGAGGAAGCGAUUCCUGGGACCCAUGCAUCCUUCCUUUAACCUGGUGAAGAUUGUGCGUCACAUGCUGCGGCGCACUCUCCCGGCGGAUAGCCACCAUCGGGCCUGCGGGCGGUUGGGAAUCUCUCUGACCCGAGUGUCAGAUGGAGAAAACGUCCUGGUGUUGCACUACAACAACAAGGAGGAGGUGGUGCAGGCAUGUGUCUGCAGUGCCUACAUCCCAGUGUAUUGCGGCAUUAUUCCUCCGACACUGCAAGGAGUGCGAUAUGUCGACGGAGGAAUCUCUGACAACCUGCCUCAGUACGAGCUGAAAAACACCAUCACCGUGUCCCCGUUCUCCGGAGAGAGCGACAUCUGCCCCCGAGACACUUCCACCAACAUACACGAGCUGCGAUUCACCAACACGAGCAUCCAGUUCACUCUCACUAACCUCUACAGAGUCUCCAGGGCACUCUUCCCUCCCGACCCAAUGGUUAUGAAGGCCAUGUGUAAACAGGGAUAUAAAGAUGCUCUGCAGUUUUUAAAGAGGAAUGGAUUGCUUAACUUCAACGGACCUCUCAGACACAGACCCCUGCCUUCUAGUGGGGAAGAAAAUAAGUAUUAUCAUGAUGAGGAGGAGGAGGAGGAGGACAAUAAAGGCGGUGAGGAGGAGGAACAGCUACAAGUGGAAGAGGCAGCAGUGGUGGUUCCAUGCAGUUCCAUAACAGAUGAGGAUAUCAUUGAGCACCUUCCACCCACCCUGCACAAAGCUCUAGUGGAGGCCUGCAUGGAGAGGAGGAGCCUGAGGCGGUCGCUAAGCAACCUCCUUCCUGUCAGGAUGGCCUCAGCCAUGAUGCUCCCCUACACGCUCCCCGUGGAGUCUGCUAUGUCCUUGACUCUCAGGCUUCUGGAGUGGCUGCCAGAUGUGCAAGAAGAUGUGGGAUGGAUUCGGGAGCAGUUACUAAAAGUUGCGCAGCAUGUUCUUAACCAGGCCUCCAAAAGCAUUUCCCAGCAUGUAUCUGCCAGGCUUUCCUGGCAGCUGGAGCUCCACCACUCCCAGUCCCUCCCAUCCCAGCUCAGCUCCGCCAACCUGUUUCCCAGCUGGGUGAAUGGAGGCAGCUCUUCGGUCCUGGAUGCCUUCAUGCGUCUCGACCAUUACAAGAGACAGCUGCUGUCUGGAGUGCUCUGUGUUAACAUGGACCUGCAAAGCUCCUUCAACACUGGACCGAUGUUGCCAGAUAAGAGCCUUCCCGCCCUCCCCUUCGAUGAAGGUCUCGUAAUGAACAUAGAUUCUGCUGAUAUUCCACCUGCUGCCAACUCUGAGAAACCAUCAGCGGCUCAUAAGAGCUCCUGGAGGGUUUCUGGUGAAGAUGGAAGUGGCACUGAGGUUCAGACUUACUAACUCUAGGUCCAAAACAUUUGAACAGUAUUUGCAUCAGAUUUUAAUAUCUGUUUACACGCUGAUAUUUAGAUACUUUUAAGAUGCCAAAGCCAUUUGUAAUCUAAUCAGCCCCUUUGUGUAGUGUUUGAAAAUGGUAAUAAUUUACCAUGUUAAUAUUUUACGUGUAUUAAAUACGUUCGUGACACUAAAGAGUCUUUAGCUACAGUAUAAUCUGGCAACCUGUAGACACAGUGUGUCUGUUGUGUCUACAGAAGUGCCUUUAAACUUAGCACAUGCGCUCAAACAUGUACAAGCUUGAAUUACAGGACGUUACUAACAAAAAUGCACACUAGAAAUAGCAUUGUUAAAAUAAGAGACUGUUUAUGCUUUAGUGGAAUGUAGACAGACCAGUAGUUAAACACAACAGUGUUCCUCCUGCGUCCGGUUAUGAGCUCCAAGUCGCCUCUGACCAACAGUGGAUGCAUCGAUCUGUUUGUUACAUGUAGUUACUCCAUGAUGCAAGUAUCAAUGCAGUAUUGUAAAAAAAAAACAUUGUCUUUGGUUUGUGUGAAUGUCCUUGUUUUAUGUCUUUAUAAUUAUUUAUAUGAAAAUGUGUAACACUUCUCUGCUCUGUUUUUCCAAUCAUGGAAACUUGAUUUACUUACAUGUAAAUUACAGCUUUUUAAGAUUUAAUUUAAAUCUAUGUUGUAUUUCUGCUCAAAAUCAAAAUCUUUUGAUUUUAUAUUACAAAUUUUACAUUUUGCACAUACAAUCAAAAAUGUAUUUUUUUAAUUAAUCAAAGAAUCACUUUAAUCUAAAUUGCACUUUUUCAUUUAAUACCACUUGACUGAAUGCUUUUCUUGUACUGUGUACAACAAGAAAUUCUGUUGUGCCUUAAACUUUAAUGAAAUAAUUGCCAAGUGAAUUAAACAUUGUCAGAAUGUUACAAGGAAUACUAUUUAAGUGAUCAUUAAAUAACUGGUGUUGUUUGACAUUGA